AGACAAAAUCAACAAUGAGGCAAAUUAAUACUAAUCUGUUUAGGAUUCUCCAAAUUAUCUUUAUUCAUAUCAAGACAACACCACAAGACUUCAAAUGAUGGAAGCCUGAAAUUAGUGUAUUGCCACUACUCUGCACAUACACAAAUUAGUUAAAUCAGAUAUUAAUAGUAGAAUGUUUUGCAACAAUUGGAGCCUAACCAGAACCAAAUCAUCAUUCCUCAACAAUCUCAUCACUCCCCUUCCACCACUCCGACCGCCGCCGGAUAUUCCUCCCAUCGCUGUGACUUCACCCACCAACGCUUGCGGUCAGAGUCGCAAGAGGGGACUCAAGUACUUUUCUUGUUACUCCCAGAUUAGCUCUACAAGAUCAGAUAUGGAGACAGACAACAAAGCCCAUCAACAAUCUGGUUUCAAUUUCGGUUUUCUUACCAAGAAGCCAUAUGAUCCACCUUCGUGGGCAUCCCACCUCAGCCCUAUCCCUUCUCAUGUCUACUCCCUCGGCCACUUUCCUACUCCAAUUCACAAGUGGAACCUUCCAAAUUUACCCAAAGAUACUGAAGUCUGGUUGAAGCGUGACGAUCUUUCUGGGAUGCAAUUAAGUGGCAAUAAGGUUAGGAAACUUGAGUUUUUGCUGGCAGAUGCCGUGGCAAAGGGAGCAGACUGUGUGAUUACUAUAGGAGGCAUCCAAAGUAAUCAUUGCCGUGCUACUGCUGUAGCUGCCAAGUAUUUGAAUCUUGACUGCUUUGUUAUAUUACGUACUUCCAAGGUUCUUGUGGACAAAGAUCCUGGGUUGACCGGAAAUCUGCUGGUUGAGCGAUUAGUUGGAGCACACAUCGAUCUUGUUACAAAAGAGGAGUAUGCCAAAGUUGGCAGUGUGGAACUUACUAAAAUUUUAAAGGAAAAACUGUUGAGAGAGGGGAGAAGGCCAUAUGUUAUUCCUGUUGGGGGAUCCAAUUCUCUGGGAACCUGGGGCUACAUCGAAGCAAUUAGGGAGAUAGAGCACCAACUUCAGCAUAGUAAAUCAGGAUUUAAUGACAUUGUUGUCGCAUGUGGCAGUGGGGGUACAGUUGCUGGUUUGUCAAUUGGAUCCUGGUUGAGUAACUUAAAAGCAAAGGUUCAUGCAUUCUGUGUUUGUGAUGAUCCUGAGUACUUCUACGAUUACGUCCAAGGGCUUCUUGAUGGACUUGAUGCAGGAGUAAGCUCACACGAUAUUGUUGAUAUUCAAAAUGCCAAAGGUCUUGGAUAUGCUAUGAGCACAAGUGAGGAACUAAAAUUUGUCAAGGAAAUCGCAGAAACCACUGGCGUUAUCCUUGACCCUGUCUAUAGUGGAAAAGCAGCCUAUCAAAUGAUGAAAGACAUGGCUGAGAAUCCAGCAAUGUGGGAAGGAAGAAAGAUCCUCUUCAUACAUACAGGCGGACUACUCGGUCUCUACGACAAAGUUGAACAGAUAGCUCCAUUGGUGGGCAAGUGGCGUCAAAUGGAUAUCCACGAAUCUGUUCCCCGGAAAGAGGGUACUGGAAAGAUGUUCUAAAAUGAUGGAGAAAGAGCUUUUCCUGUCACAGCAUUGAUUGAUGUGAAAAUCCAUUUCCACUGUCCUCCUUUGCUUUACUGGAAAAGAAUAUUUUGCAUGAGGAAUGAACUGGGAUUUUUUUGGCAUCAAUAGGCAUUACGUUGUUUUAAUUGACAUUAUUAUGAAACGCAUGCCAGCUUCUGAAGAAAAUAAAAAUAUAUGAAAACAAUUCAAUUUAUCUUCA